AUGACUGCAUCCUCUACAGCCACCAUUCGCUCGUAUGAGCUGACAUCUCGCACAAUCAACGAACCCCCUGCCGCUGCAUCUCGAGAAUCCCUCAGAGGCUCAGAGUAUUUUGACGAAUCUCGAAGGCUUGGAUCUCACGCAGACCGAGGGUUUUCAGAUGGUAGCGGGAAUGGCCUCGAAAGUGACCCGGCCCAGAAUGUCCCAGAAACCAUUGAGAGUUGGAAAUAUCCCCGUGAGAAUGUGUUCAAAACUGGCGCUUCCUUUUGGAGUCUUUUGACUUCGGGUGCUAAUGAUGCUGCAUAUGGUGCUUUGAUCCCAUACCUAGAGAAAUACUAUAAUUUGAGCUAUAUUGUGGUUUCCCUUAUUUUCCUCUCUCCCUUUGUGGGAUAUAUCCUCGCCGCAGUUCUGAACAACACUCUGCAUCGACGUAUAGGGCAGAGAGGAAUUGGUAUUACUUGCGGUCUCUGCCAUAUAACCGCUUAUAUCAUCAUCGCCCUUCAUCCACCCUACCCUGUUUUAGUGGUCGCAUAUUCCAUUGCUGGAUUCGGCAACGGCAUCAGCGAUGCAGCAUGGAACGCUUGGGUUGGUAACCUUGACAAAGCAAAUGAGACUCUUGGCUUCCUCCACGCUUUCUAUGGUAUCGGUGGUGUCAUUAGUCCUUUGAUCGCUACAAACAUGAUAGCAAAGGCUGACCUUCCGUGGUACACGUUUUACUACGUUAUGAUCGGAUUGGCUGUGAUUGAGCUUGUCACUUGCUCAUGGGCUUUCUGGCCCAAUGGACCAGAGGUCUAUCGUCAGACCAUGGAUGCGAGCAAUGAAGAUAACCAAGGCAUGAAAGAGGCACUUUUUAAGCUUCCAUUUGCUCGCGUCACCUGGCUUUGCGCCGCAUUUCUUCUCUGCUACGUUGGCGUCGAAGUUUCUGUCGGUGGUUGGAUCGUUCAAUUUAUGAUCCGUGUACGAAAGGCCGAGAACUAUCCAGCAGGUAUGACCUCAAUGGGUUUUUGGUUAGGUCUUGCAGUUGGCCGAGCUAUCCUGGGUUUUGUCACGCCUCGACUUGGUGUCAAAGUUGCAGUAUCUCUUUAUCUGCCUGCUGCCAUGGCUAUGCAAUUAAUCUUCUGGUUGGUGCCGAGUUUCUAUGUUUCUGCUAUCACAGUAGCUUUCCAAGGGUUCUUCCUUGGGCCUCCGUUCCCUGCUGUUGUGGUUGCUACGACUAAGAUGCUGCCUAAGCACUUGCACGUUAGUACAAUCGGCUUUGCUGCAGCAUUUGGAGGCAGUGGAGCUGCGAUUCUGCCUUUUGCUGUUGGUGCUAUUGCCCAGGCCAAAGGGGUCAAGACUCUUCAACCUAUUAUACUUACGUUUCUGGCUGCUCUGUUGGGCCUAUGGUUAUGCUUGCCCAAGAUCGGAAAGAAGAAGGAUUAA